AAACACAACAAACCAAAACCAUGUUCCUCCUUCUCCUCCUCCUCCUCAUCCCAUUCCUCUUCCUUAUUCUCAAAGCCUCAUCCAAAUCCAAAUCCCAAAUCCAUCCACCAUCACCAGCAUCCCUCCCUUUCAUUGGCCACCUCCACCUUCUUCUCCCCAUCCCUUACCGUGCUCUCCACUCCCUCUCCCUCACCCACGGCCCUAUCAUGCUUCUCCGACUCGGCCAAAUCCCCACUCUCAUCCUCUCCUCCUCCUCCUCUGUCCGCUCCAUGACCAAAUCCCACGACAUCGCCUUCUCCAGCCGUCCCAAUCUCAAAGUCCCUCGCCAACUUGUCUACAACUCCAAGAACAUCUCCUUCUCCCCCUACGGCGCUUACUGGCGCCAAUCCCGCAAGCUUUCCGUCCUCCACCUCCUCAGCACCAAGCGAGUUCUCUCUUUCCGUCCCAUCCGCAACUCUGAGCUCUCCAUCAUGCUCUCUCACAUCUCCAACCACUCCCUCUCCGGCCCCAUCAAUCUCAGCGAAACCAUCUACUUCUUCACCACUAACAUCCUUUGCAAGGUGGCCCUCGGCCAAUCCAUCACUGAAGAAAGCCAGUGCCGCAUGCUUCAUUACUCCAUUAGUGAAGCCACCAUGUUAUUCAGCGCUUUCAGUGUUGAUGAUUACUUCCCUUCUCUCAAAUGGUUGAACAUGUUCAGCAGUUUGGAUUCCAAGAUUGCCAAAAUUUUCAAGAAAUUAGAUGGGUUUAUUACCAGUGUUGUAGAGGAUCAUUUGAUUGCUGGUGUUAGAGAUAAAGAUGAUGACAAUGCUGAUUUGGUUGAUAUUCUUCUUUCUCUUCAGAAGAAUCCUCCUUCUGGCGAGUUCUCCCCCACCAUGGAUGAAGUCAAAGCCAUUAUUCUUAACAUGCUUGCAGCGGGGACAUCCACUUCGUUCAUAUUCUUGGAGUGGGCUAUGUCGGAACUUAUUCAAAAUCCGAAAGUUAUGAAGAAAUUGAAAGAAGAGGUGACAUCAGUUGCCGGAAAAGGUUCAAUGGUAACUGAAGAGAAUGUGAAUAAAAUGCCUUACUUGAAAGCAGUAGCGAAAGAAGUACUAAGAUUGCAUCCUCCGGCUCCAUUGCUACUUCCUCGUGAGACCAUUGAGGACAUCGAGUUGGAAGGUUAUAAGAUUCCGGCAAAAACAAGAGUACUCAUUAACGCAUGGGCAAUAGGAAGGGAUCCAAAAUCUUGGGAUGCUCCUGAAGAGUUUAUACCGGAAAGAUUUAUAAACAGUGAUUUAGAUUUCCGUGGUCAAGAUUUUGAGUUUAUUCCAUUUGGUGUUGGUAGAAGAAUUUGUCCGGGAAUGCAAUUUGCGGUGGCCACAAUUGAGUUUGCUCUCGCAAAUCUUGUGCAUCACUUUGAUUGGGAAAUGCCGAAAGGAUUGAGUGCCGAAGAUUUGAACAUGGAUGAAGCUCAAGGUCUUACAAUGCAUAGGAAAUAUCCUCUUGUUUUAGUUGCAAAGAAGGUGGAUUGAUGCUCAUGCAGUUAGUUCUCAUGCACCAUCAUGAUAAUAAUAAGUAUCCCUCUAGCAUUGUGGACUAGGGGUGGUUGUUGUCGUAUUUGAUGUGAUAAUAAGAUGGUCUUGGGUGAUAGGGCCUCAUAUAUAAAUAAAUCUGCUUUGUAUUAAAAAAAGCUUUUUCCUAUUUGAA